CUCAGUUUCCUUCCGAGGGUUUAUCACACAGAUCAAAACCAUGGCGACCUCUUUCCUCUCUCGCUCCCUCCCCAAAACCCUAGCCCUCUCCUCCUCCUUCCUCUCCCGCUCCCUCUCCACCGCCGCUGCCGCUGCCGCCUCCUCCACUCUCUCCUCCGCUCACUCCCGCUCCCUCAUCCACCGCCUCCGCCCCCUCGCUGGCGCCGCCCUCUCCUCCGCCGCCAAGUUCUCUCCCCACGCCGUCCGAUGCUUCUCGGCGAACCCCACCAACACCUCUCUCCGCGAUCCGAACCCGAAUUGGUCCAACCGGCCCCCCAAGGAGACCAUCCUCCUCGACGGCUGCGACUUCGAGCACUGGCUCGUCGUCAUGGAGCCGCCGGAGGAGGGCGUCACUAGGGAUGACAUCAUCAAGGAGUACAUCAAAACCCUAGCCUUGGUCGUCGGAAGUGAGGAAGAAGCGAGGAUGAAGAUUUACUCUGUUUCAACUAGGUGCUACUUUGCAUUUGGCGCACUUGUGUCUGAGGAGCUGUCGUACAAACUGAAAGAAUUGCCAAAGGUCCGCUGGGUGCUUCCUGAUUCUUACUUGGAUGUUAAAAACAAGGACUAUGGAGGGGAACCUUUUAUUAAUGGGGAAGCGGUACCAUAUGAUCCCAAGUACCAUGAGGAGUGGAUAAGAAACAAUAGUCGGGCGAAUGAGAGAAACAGGCGCAAUGAUAGACCUAAGAACUUUGACAAUUCAAGAAACUUUAACAAUAGAAGGGAAAACAUGCAGCGCCGAGAGUUCCAGAACAGUGGACCCCCUCCCUUGCCUAAUCAACCUGGGCCAAAUAGACCUGGCAUGGCUGGGCCUCCGAACAACAAUAUGCCUCCCAACAUGGGUGCGCCAAACAACAACUACGGUGGAGGGCAGGCAGCCUACAAUCAGGGGCCGCCAAGCAACUACAAUCAGGGGCCGCCAAACAACUACAAUCAGGGGCCGCCAAACAACUACAAUCAGGGGCCGCCAAACAACUACAAUCAGGGGCCGUCUAACAACUAUAAUCAGAUGCCUCCAAGCAACAAUAUGAGAGGACCACCGCCCCAGAACAACAUGGGAGGAGCGCCGAACAACAUGGGAGGAGCACCACCACAGCCAUCGUGGUCUGAUCCUGCACAAUACCAAAACAAUGGUGGUGGUCAAAACCGUUAUUGAGGUGAUAUGCUAAGCUGCCAUCAGUCUCUGUAGGCAGUCACACAUGCUGUAGAGAGAUUUUAGGAGGAGGCUGCUUCCCCUGGUGGCUUUUCAUUUUCUAGUAUUUUUGUUUGACUCCUUGUUGGGUUGGGACCUGGUUGCCUUAAAAUUGAAUAUGGUUAUAAUCUCAUGGUCAUAGCUGGAUAUGAUUAGUGGUAUCUUCUUCCUUUGCUAUGUAAUGAGUUAUUUCAUGUAGUGCACAUAUUGGCUAAUAGCAGACUAUCUAGUUACUUUGGUAUUGUGGUAUCAUAUCUAGUCUAUAAUUUUCUGAAUUAUGCUUUCUA